CGCCAGCUGCGCCCGGCCGCCGACGCGGAGGCGGGGCCCGCGCAUGGGUGGGCGCCGCUGAUGCCGCCGCCGCCGCCGCGCCGCCCGCCGAGGCUGCGUCCCGGGAAGCCCGGCCCCCCGCGCCCCCCGGACCUGAGCGCGCCCCCAUGGAGGCGCCCGGGCUGGCCGAGGCGGCCGCGGCGGACGCCGACUCCCGAGAGAGCUCGGGGGAGACCCCCGACGGCGCGCCCGCGCACUUCCCCGGCCCCGGGGCGUCCUCGCCGGAGCCGCCCGCCUACCGCCCGCAGGACUUCGACACGCUGGCCACCGUGGGCACAGGCACGUUCGGCCGCGUGCAGCUGGUCCGCGAGAGGAAGAGCGCACGCUUCUUCGCCCUGAAGGUGAUGAGCAUCCCGGACGUCAUCCGCCUGAAGCAGGAGCGCCACGUCCACAACGAGAAGUCCGUGCUGAAGGAAGUCAGCUACCCGUUCCUGGUCAAGCUGUUCUGGACGGGGCACGACGACCGCUUCCUGUACAUGCUGAUGGAGUUCGUGCCGGGCGGCGAGCUCUUCAGCUACCUGCGCAACCAGGGCCGCUUCUCCAGCCCCACCGGGCUCUUCUACUCCGCGGAGAUCGUCUGUGCCAUCGAGUACCUGCACUCCAAGGAGAUCGUCUACAGGGACCUGAAGCCGGAGAACAUCCUGCUGGAUAGACACGGUCACAUCAAGCUCACUGACUUUGGGUUCGCCAAGAAACUGGCGGACAAGACGUGGACCCUUUGCGGGACCCCCGAGUACCUGGCCCCCGAAGUCAUCCAGAGCAAGGGCCACGGGAGAGCCGUGGACUGGUGGGCGCUCGGCAUCCUGAUAUUUGAGAUGCUCUCGGGGUUUCCUCCGUUUUUCGAUGACAACGCAUUUGGCAUUUACCAAAAAAUUCUUGCAGGCAAGAUAGAUUUCCCCAGACAUUUGGACUUCAGUGUCAAAGACCUCAUCAAGAAGCUGCUUGUUGUCGACAGAACGAGGAGACUGGGAAACAUGAAGAAUGGAGCAGAGGAUGUGAAACGGCAUCGGUGGUUCCGGACCAUGGACUGGGAGGCUGUCCCAGAAAGGAAACUGAAGCCUCCCAUCGUGCCCAAAGUGUGCAGCGAGGGGGACGCCUCCAACUUCGAAGCUUAUCCCGAGAACGACUGGAACACGGCCCCUCCGGUGUCACAGAAAGAUCUGGAAGUCUUCAAGAAUUUCUGAGCAUGGGCUCCCCACCCGGAAGAAACAGGGUGAUUUGAGCCUGCCUGGGACAGAUGGCUGCCCCCAAGCAUCUCCUUAAUGGGAUAAGGACUUUUCCACAUUUAUAUACACCCGGAUGUACAUAACGAGAUUGCAGAGCCGUUGACGUUUGUGGACCUAGAAUUAUUUAAGCAACUGGAAAUCGACUGCACAGUAGGACAUUUUGAAAAAUUGUUUGGUUGUAGAUUUUAUCUUCUUUUUAGGCUUGUGUUCCUGCUGGGAUAUCCUGGGGUAUUUUUUCUCGUAGACUUUAUAAGUUUGAGCUGAACUUGUUCAGAUACAACCACGAAUUAUGUGUGUGCUUGUGUGUGUGUGUGUGUGUGUAUAGAAAGGACGGUGUGCCUGGAGCAGGGAAAUUGUGCAGUGAAGUAAAUGUUCCUACUUUCCAGAGCCUAUGCUGUUUAUGUUUCAGAUUUUUUUUCAAGAAUCUAUUCUCUUGGGGACAAAUUUUAAAAGUAUGAUAUGUGCAUUUUUUAUCAUCUUAUAUGCAUUUUAUGGUUGUAUGUGAAGAAAAUAUCAUACGACGGUCUAUAUCCAAUACCUUCAGUGCUUUGCGUCUGGUAGUCUUAGGUCAUGAAUCCAGGACGACAGGGAAGGAGAUGUGGGUUUGAACUUUACUGCAAGACUAGCCGUUGACCAUGAGUGUUAUUCAAGGAGUUUUCUCUAUCGCAUUAAGAAAUUUCAUACUCUGUAGGGGGGUGGCUGUCUAUUAAUAUUCCAGGUUAAAUCCGUGGACCAAAAUGCAGCUCCCAAAGCAAACUAGUAGCUUUCUGUAUUGGCUCAAUGAACCCAUACAAAUGUUUUCUUCUCCCUUUGGUUUCAGGAAGAGUAAGAAACAAAACGGAUACGAUGGAGGUGCUUGAACCUCCCUCGUUUCUGCUUAGUUCCACUUCUUCUUGUCAAUGUUCAGUCCAUCUGGUUUCAUAGACCUGGUUGGCUUGUGCAGAAUGACCACUGGGUGAGAUUCGUUUCCCUUUGGACGUGAUGGUGAGGGUCCCCGGAGGAGUGCUGUGCUGUGCCUUCCCCUCAGCACUGAUCAUGAAAGCCAAGUGUUGAGUGGGUCGCCACGAAGUCUGUUGCUGUUUAAAUAUGGGUCUUCCCAGAAGCAGUGCCUGGGCAGAGGUCCUUGGUGUCUGUCUGGUCCUUCAUGCAUUUCCUUCUCUACUCCCUGCUUCUGCUUUCUGAUUCUAAACUUUGCUGUGAAAAUCUAAAGGCGCCGCCCGUGUUCUGUUGGCUGUGAGUCAGCGGGAAACACAGCAUUGCUCAAACCUGCUAGGUAUCCGAUCAUAGGGCCCAGCCAUGGCCUUCUCUCUCCGUGGAGGUCUGUGCGUUUAAGAAGGAGGUUCCAGAGCCUUCAGUGGCUGCAGGGAUGUACCCAGUAGGUCUCCGAGAUCUCCUCUCCUGCGCCCUCCCUUUUCCCGCCGAGAGAGGUCCAGCUCCUUGGGCAGCCGGCGCGGGGCAGAGUAUGUCCCACAGGUGUGCUGGUGUCAAGUGUUGGGUGCCCCCUGAGCUCUCAGCCCCCUCCCAGGCCU